GAGCGGUUCACCCUAAUAUUCGAUUAUUCCAGUAAAUGCAUUUCGAGAAGUUCGAAUUGCCUUCGAAAAAUCAAAUUUAAUAUCCUUAUCCUUACCGUAUGAACUCCUGACCACACAUCCACGCAUCGACCACCCACGAUGAUGUGUUGAGCGUGUUGCUUGACAUCAACAACUUUGUCUGCCGGAAAGAUACUGAUCCAUUCAACAUACCAAAGUAACUAUUACUAAGUAAUAGUACAGGUACCAAGAUGGGUAAGAAAAGCAAAUCAUCCACAGCAGGAUCGUCGUCUGCCGCCGAUGACGCCAAGCAUGAAGCCCAACUACAAGCCGUGAUACUGGCAGAUCCCUUUUCGGACACGUUUCGUCCCACGAGUUUUGACCGAUGCGCGCCCAUGUUGUGUCCCUUGAACAAUGUCAUCUUGUUGGACUACACGAUGGAUUUUUGCGCCGGUGCUGGCGUGGAAGAAUUGUUUGUGGUGUGCGUGGAUGAACUGGUCGAGAAGCACGUGAAUGCAUGGCAGCAAACCAAUUCGGCCAUGAUGUCGGUCACCGUGGUCCGAGACCCCAGUUUGACCAAUGCCGGUGACGCCUUGCGAGAACUAGAUCGAAGAGAUCUGGUACAAAGUGAUCCCUUUUUGCUGCUGCGAGGAGAUGUCGUGGCUAAUGUGGAUUUACAGCGUGUCUUGCAGGAACACAAGGAGCGACACAAGCAAGACAGUAGUGCCAUUAUGACACUCUUGUUCAAACCAGUCAGUCCCUGGAAUGUCACUACACCACCACAACAAGACGACAACAAGGGUGUAACCACCAAACCAAAAGCAACCUACUCCACGCUUCGAUCGAGUACAGAAGAUUUGGUGGUGGGACUGGAUACAUCCACAACCGUGGCAGGGCAUGCACCCCGCAUCUUUGUCUACGAUGAUCAACCCUCCCAGAGUGCCAUCAAGGUACCGUGCUCCUUCCUCACGGCGUGUCCCAAUCUAGACUUUCGCUGUGACCUGCUAGAUUGUGGCAUUGACAUUUGUAGUCCCGAUGUUCUCGCUCGGUUCAGUGAUGCCUUUGAUUACCGAGAUAUCCGACGAGAGUUUGUGGCCGACUCGGUGGCAGAGGAAGAAGAAGGACUACAACAAAAACUGUAUGCGCACAUUCUACAACCGCAUGAAUAUGCUGCUAGAGUUCAAGAUUGGAGAACCUAUUCCGCCGUCUCGUAUGAUCUUUUGAGACGAUGGUGUUACCCCAUUGUCCCCGACAAUUUGCCGUCGGGAUACGAGAAACAGUUCCGAUAUGUACAACAAAGAUCCCAUGUCUAUCGGGAACAAAAACUGGGACGGACGCGGGUAGGACGAUCGUCCGUCAUUAAAGGAGGUGGAAUGAUUGGAAGUCAUUGCUUUAUUGGCGAAAACUGUGUCAUUCAGGGAACCGUCAUUGGGAAUCAUUGCCAUAUUGCCGACAAUGUCACAUUGACCAACUGUCAUGUUUGGGAUGGAGUGAGCAUUGAACAAGGCGCCACGGCUGUGAAUUCCAUUCUGGCAUACGAGUGCGUGGUCAAGGCAGGUGCAAAAGUGUCCAAAGGAUGUGUCGUUGGAGAAGGAUGCAUCAUUGGUGCCAACAUGAAACUUCCUACCUUUAGUCGCAUCACGACAGUCAGUAAGGAUGCAGAAGGGUCGGAUGAUGACAGUGAUGAAUUUGACGAUUCUGAUGAGGACGACGAGGAAGAAGAGGGCACCGCGACAAAAGCCAAGACAGGAUCCAGCGGUGGCGGCGGCGAUGGUGGAAAGGACGAGGUGGCAGUGGAAACAGACCACCACAUUGUAGGCAAGGACGGUCGUGGCAGACUCUGGCUGCCAUCGGUUGACGACGAUGACGACUCGGAUGAUGACGAUGAUGAGGGAGACCAAUCAGCGCUGCUUGCCAAAAUCAACGAGAUGAAGAGUCGUUCCAUUGGGUUUGACCCAACCAACUUGUAUAGUGAACGCAAGAAAGAACAAGAAAGUGCACAACAAGACGAUGGAUACAGUGACAACGAAGCCGAUAACGAUGCAACGAUGCGUAUGGAUGAAGUGGUUGAUGAUGGCGUUGCAUUUGGAACCGCCGACACCCAAACUGAUGGAGCUUCCGAAACCCCGACGUAUGGCCGUCAAGCAGGCGUGGAUGUCGUCCAGGAACUCAAAAAUAUCUGUCUGGAGUUUGAGCCCGGCAGCCCCAUGGAGAAUCUGGCUAUUGAACUGAACUCUUACAAGUUUUCGCAGAACGCUACCUACUCGGAUUGCGCCAUGGGCGCCACUCUCGCUGUGUUGGACCUGAUGCAGAUCACUCCUGGAAUGACUCCUGGUAGACUAGUGGGCGCGCUCAAGUCUCAAUUGGAGGUGUGGGCACCUCUGCUAAAAAGGUUGUGUAUUGGGACAGAGGAGGAAAAGGCCAUUAUUGUGGCGCUGGAAAACACAGCCAUUGGUGGUGGUGAUAUUGGGACCGUGUUGGGUGUUGGACCGUCCUUCCGGUUUGUCCUGCAAACGCUGCACGACGAAGAGGUCAUUGGUGAAGAUCCUGUCUUGACUUGGGCGUCUGAGCGCAGAACAGAGAUUGCCAGAGGCGAUGAUAAUGCACGGAUACAGCUGUUCCAACAGCAGCCAGUCCAAGAUUUCUUGGAAUGGCUAGAAGGAGAAUCAGAGGAAGACGACGACGACGAGGAUGAUGAAGAAGAUGAAAGCGAAUAGACUAAUUUGACGCUUCGCUCAAUCGUAGCUAUAGAAAUGGUUUCUCUAGAAUAGCAGACAACCCAACAACGCCCGGCAGGCCUCGAGUCUAAGUUCAUGCACACGGUAG